AUGCCCCAAGUCCCUCUGGUGUGCCACGGGCACUCUCGACCGAUCGUCGCGCUGGAAUACUCGCGCGUGACGCCGGACGGGGUGUUUUUGAUUUCCAGCUCCAAGGAUGGCCAACCGAUGCUGCGCUGCGGCGACAGCGGAGACUGGGUCGGCACGUUCCAGGGACACAAAGGAUGCGUGUGGGACGCCACGCUGAACGGAGAGGCGACGCACGCGGCGACGGCGAGCGCGGAUUUCAGCGCGCGGCUGUGGAACGCGAUCACGGGGGACGAGUUGCGAACGUUUCAACAUAAACACAUCGUGAAGAGCGUGAAUUUUUCGAACGAUGGCGGAAGGUUGUUGACCGGGGGAAGCGAAAAGUUACUGCGGAUAUACGAUUUGAAUAAACCGGAAGCGGAGCCGUACGCGAUGGCGGGGAGCGCGUCGCAGAUUAAGACGGCGAGUUUCAUCGCGAACGACGAGCUGAUUUUGAGUUCGUGCGCGGAGGAUAAGGGGAUUCGCGUGUGGGACGUGCGCACGAAUACGGUGGUGACGACGCUGAGCACGGAAUCGCCCGUGAUGUCGAUCGAGGUGAGCGCGGAUGGGAAGAACAUGACGACGGCGGACGGAAAGGACGUGACUUUUUGGGAUUUGCAAAACUUUUCCAAGGUGCAAAAGUGGACAAUGGAGUACGAGGUCGAGAGCGCUUCGGUGAGUUUGAAGCACAAAAAGUUUGUCGCGGGAGGUCCGGACAUGUGGGUGCACUUGCACGACAUGGAGACCGGCGCGGAGGAACAGACAAACAAGGGGCACCACGGGCCCGUGCACUGCGUGAGGUUCGCCCCCGAUCAAAACAGCUACUGCAGCGGGUCCGAGGACGGUACGAUUCGUAUUUGGCAAACGAUCGAGCCUAAAGAUUGA